UUCGUUACAGAGUCUUAUGAAUAAUUGAGAGCAUGUACUAGUUGUACUACUACACUAGCGGUUCUUGUAGUUGUGUUCUUCUCAAUUAUUUCUCAGAGUGAGAGUGUGUGAGAGAGAGAGAGAGAAGCAGAACCGAAAUAGAAAAAUGAAGGCUAUAGUGAUAACUAGUCCGGGUGAUCCUGAAGUGCUGCAGCUACAAAACGUGGAGGACCCCAAAAUCAGAGACGACGAAGUCCUCAUCAGAGUCCAUGCUACUGCACUUAACGGAGCUGAUAUGCAGCAGAGGAAAGGCUCAUACCCUCCCCCUAAAGAUGCAAGUCCAUACCUUGGUCUUGAGUGUUCCGGAGCUAUCGAAUCCGUUGGUAAAAACGUUUCCAGGUGGAAAAUCGGCGAUCAGGUAUGUGCUAUUCUCAGUGGAGGAGGAUAUGCUGAGAAAGUUGCUGUUCCUGCUGGACAAGUUCUUCCGGUUCCAUCCGGGAUUUCUCUGAAGGAUGCAACUAGUUUUCCUGAGGUGGCAUGCACCGUGUGGUCAACUGUUUUUAUGACGAGCCGGCUAUCUCAAGGAGAAACCUUGUUGAUUCACGGAGGUUCCAGUGGAAUUGGUACAUUUGCAAUUCAGAUAGCUAAAUACCGAGGAGCAAGAGUAUUUGUUACUGCAGGUAGUGAGGAGAAACUAGCUUUUUGCAAGGGUAUCGGGGCUGAUGUGGGCAUAAAUUACAAGACAGAGGACUUUGUUGCAAGGGUCAAGGAAGAAACUGGUGGUCAAGGUGUUGAUGUUAUUCUUGAUUGUAUGGGAGCAUCCUACUAUCAAAGAAAUCUUGAUAGCUUGAAUUUGGAUGGUAGGCUUUUCAUUAUCGGCUUUCAAGGGGGGAUUUCUACAGAAGUAGAUCUCCGCACUUUAUUUGCCAAGCGUCUUACUGUACAAGGAGCUGGCUUGCGUAAUAGAAGUCCUGAAAAUAAAGCAGUUAUAAUUAGUGAAGUGGAGAAGAAUGUGUGGCCUGCAAUUGCGGAAGGAAAGGUUAAGCCUGUUAUCAACAAAUCUUUCCCUCUUUCUGAAGCAGCGGAGGCUCAUCGGCUUAUGGAAAGCAGCCAGCAUAUUGGGAAGAUAUUGCUUGUGCCCUAAACACCAUCAUGACAUACUUUGAAUCAUUUGUGUUCGGACUUCUUUCUGUAAUUUGAACUGAGGAUUCUAAUAAACUAAUGGUGUAAAAUUACAGCUAAAUAUGUCAUUAUUUGGGUGCAAGGCAUCCAAAAUUUCUUUCUUUUCUUUUGGUUUGACAGAGUUAUUUGUCUA